AUGCUUGGAGGCCCUGCGGUUGGAAAAUCUUCCCUAGUCAUGCAGUUCAUGACUUCGGAAUACCUUCACGCUUAUGAUACUAGUAUAGAUGAUGACAGCGGAGAGAAAUCGGUGUCUGUGUUAUUGGCUGGAGAAGAAUCAGAACUUUGUUUCAUAGAUUUUGCCACGGCGGAUUUGUCGCCGGACAGUUGCAUCAGAAAAUACACGGAUCUCCACGCUUAUUGCGUCGUUUACAGCAGUGCAGAUCGGUCCAGCAUGGAAGCUGCGGAGCAGAUCCUUCAGAAUUUAUGGACGCUAGACACAAUCAGUACCAAGGCUGUGAUUCUUGUGGCGAAUAAAGCAGAUUUAGUGAGGUCCAGAGUCGUGUCGACAGAAGAAGGCAAAUCGAUGGCCACGUCUUACGAUUGCAAGUACAUAGAGACAUCUGUCGGCAUAAACCACAACGUCGACGAACUUUUAGUAGGAAUCCUCUCUCAGAUCCGUCUCAAGCUCGAGAAUCCGGAAAGAAGUAGAGAUCUCUUCCGCAAGAGGAGUUCGUCGAAGAAAAAUCUCAACAGAAACAAAAGCCCAGCAUCAGGGGCGGCGACGCCAACUGGCAGUUGUCAAAAUUCUCCGAAGAAGUACAGGGGUUCCAGAACGUCGGCAAGUUUGAAGGUUAGGAGUCUGCUGGGAAAGGUUUGGGCGAGGGACAGUAAGUCUAAGUCGUGUGAAAAUCUACAUGUUUUGUAAAGGGGUUUAUUUUGUGAUAUUUUUGAGGGUGGAAAUCGUGAGGAAGUUUGGUUUUCUUCUGAGAGAUAUGAAGAAUGUUUGAUUUUUGAAACGUGAAUAGCUGAAUUUUAUAAAGUGUUUUAUCGAUUCAUUUUCAAUC